AUGGACACAAGUGAUCAGAGAGUACCAAUUCACAAAAUUUGUCAAUUCCUCUUACAUCACUUUAGAGGCAAACUAAACCGACUAUAUACACAAUUUUACUAUGGGGAGCAACGAAAAAAGUACAUAUUGUAUAUUGGACUACCAUUAGCACUCUUCCUUAUUCGUUUAAGAUCAGAAAACUCAAUGUAUUGUAAUAUAUUCAUAGAUAAUGAAAUAUUAAAGCACUUUGAUAGCAAUUACAGCAAAGUAUGGAGAAAUGGUAAAAAAAUUUAUAUUAAUGAAAAAUACCAAGUACUAGACUUAAAAAGACUAGUGUUUAAUUCUUUUACUAAAAGAGGAGUUAAAGAUAUGGAGACCCAAAUGAACAUAAAGGCAUCAUGUAAAGGAAGAGUUCUCUUAGAUAAAGACAAUUUAGCCCUGGUUAUUAAAGGUUUCUGUAGAAGAGAUCCUCGUAUUGUCUUCUUCAGUGAAUCAACUUAA